UUGUCAAUGCUUGCCAACGUCUACAUUACGAAAGAAAUAUCUCCAUUAUAGCUAUGAGUAUACUUAGACGUCUGAAAACUUGAAUAAUAAUAAAAAAUUAGAGUUAUAUCAUUUUUUCGUCGAAUUUGUUUUGAUACGUGGUAUGUGCACUGUGUGUUACGCGUUCCGCUUCUACUAUGGAAAACGUCCGUCUUGUUGUACCAACAUAAUUCAGUAUUGUGUAUUUAUAUCACAGGACAUGAAAUAAGAUCCUUUACUCUGUUGAUUUAUUGUUUACUAUACAAUGAGUUAUGAACAAGUUUCGCAUUUUCUAGAAGUUAAGGGAUGUACUACAAAUUUGGGACAAAAAUCAAAUGCAUGUAUUUCAUGUUCAUAAGUCAAAAGUGCGAUGCAUCAUUUAAAACAUGAUUUUCCAUGUAAGAGUAUUCUAACUCAUGAUGAUAAUCAGAAUGAUGUUUAUAUAUUGCGUAUGGAGAUAACAGAGCCUUUGUCAACAUUGAAAAGUCUUAUAGAGCAAAAAUGCGGAUUCAAGUUAUUAGAUUAUUCGUUUUUGCUACAAAAUUCUGUUAUGUUAGAAAAUCAUAAAAAUUUGGUUGACCAGUGUAUCGAAGGAAAAGGAUUGGUUCAAAUACAUAUCCAAAUGAAACAUAGCGAAAAGCAGAUCAAUAUUGUUGAUGUAUUAAAACUAGCUGAAAAUAACAUUGAUAUUUCAGAAAAUAACGCUUCCUCAUCUAGUUCAAAUGCGAAAGAUAAGCAUAUACUUCGUUGGAUAGUAGAUGCCCAAUAUAGAAAGGACCAGGAACGUUUGAAAAUCCCAACAGACCCAAAAGAUUGGUCUCAAAUGCAUGUUAAGCACUGGCUCCAGUGGGCUGUUAGACAGUUUAAUCUUGUGUCUUUAAAAUUAGCUGACUGGAACAUUACUGGAAUUCAACUAUGUGAUUUAAGUAUUAAAGAGUUUCAAGCGAAAGUACCUCUCGAUCCGGGAGAUAUUUUUUGGACUUUCGUGAUAGCUACAUCAAAUAAGAUGAUGAACACUGGCCAAAUACAGCUAUGGCAGUUUCUACUAGAACUUCUAACAUGUCAAGAACAUAAUAGUUCAAUACAAUGGGUGGGUACUGAAGGAGAGUUUAAACUCAAUCAACCAGAAGUUGUUGCUCAACUAUGGGGAGCUCGUAAAAGUAAACCGUUCAUGAAUUACGAAAAACUCAGUAGAGCACUAAGAUACUACUAUGAUGGUGAUAUGAUAUGUAAAGUUCAUGGAAAACGUUUUGUUUACAAAUUUGUUUAUGAUUUAAAGCAAUUACUUGGUUACUCUGCUGCAGAGCUGAGUAAGUUAGUUGACCAUAAAUAUUAUUCUUGACUUUUAAAGAAUUGCAUGUGAUGUAUGUAAGUAAAGGUGUGUGUUAUAAGAAAAGGUACUUCUGCUAUUUAAAUAUGAUAAAAUCAGUGCACCAGAAAAAUGUUUACAAAUACCACAGUAUCCUAAAUUUUCCUACAUUUUACUGUAAAAUUUUUUCGCUGUUUUUUUUCAUACACUUAUAUUUUAUUUGCAAUAUCUGACUGUAGGAUGGUAAAAGCUUGCGAUUAAUUUUGAAUCUGUUUGUAAGCUAGCUAAAGAAAUAUUUUUGACAAAGAUACAUUAAUAAAAAUUCAGCUUUGUGGUAACGCUUUUAGUUGAAUUUUUUUUCAUCGAAAAUCUGUACUUUAAACAGCCACACCAUGGUUUUGUGGUUAGCGUGUGUGUCUUUAGAUCUUGAU